UGCGCGUAUCCAAGGCCGCGCGAGUUCGGCGCUGGCGUCAGCUGCUUAAAAACAGCGAGCAGGAGAAACUUUCACUUGCCUCGUGAGCCGCCUCGAAAAUAACCAAAACAAACACACAAGACGUCCGUUCGCAGGUAGUUGAGAUUUUCAAUUUGCUUUGCGAACAUGGCGAGCAACGGUAACGACGUGAGUGAAGAAGUUCAAGAAGAAGUACUGGAGGAUCAUGAAGAAGGCGAAGACGAGGCGGACAUUUCCAAAAAGCUGCUCAAAAAACUUACAAAUAGCUUACUAAAGCGAGCAACAAUUGAGACGAAAGUGGCGGACAUCGUGAGCGCCUCUCCCAUUCCAGACAAUGUUAAUUUGUCGAAUGCGACUCGCUACUACAACAUGAAUCACGAAAAGCGCGGAGUGGCGCUAAUUUUCAAUCACUACAAAUUCGACGCGGACAGGAUGCCGAUGAGGAAAGGAACGGAUGAAGACAAGGAGAGGCUGAUAAAAGCGUUCAAAAAACACGCUUUCCGAGUGCAUUUUGAGGACGAUUUAUGCAUAUCGGAUAUUAAAUAUGUGAUCAACAGAGAAAUUGUCAAAGUUGACCAUUCCAAGUCCGAUUGUGUGGCGAUUGCAAUCAUGACGCACGGUUCUGAAGGUGACAAAAUCUACGCCAAAGACUCGGCAUACUGCCUGCACGACUUGGUGUCAAUGCUGACCGCGGACAAGUGCCCGACUUUGGCCGGAAAGCCGAAAUUAUUCUUCAUUCAGGCGUGCCGAGGCGAAGGACAAGACGGAGGUCACACGAUACGCACCGACUCGCCCAGGUCCGGCCAGUACACCCAGUUCAGAAUACCGAAUCAGGCCGACUUUUUCCUCGCCUACUCCACCAUUCCAGGGUACGUCGCCAUGCGAAACCAGCUCUACGGGUCUUGGUUUGUGAAAGAGCUUUGCAAAAAGUUGAUGGAGGACGACAGCCACGCGAGGAGCAUUUUCCAGUUGAUGACCGAGGUUGUGGGCAAAGUUGCGAUCGACUACGAAACCAAGGGUGACCAUUACAAGCAGAUUCCAACGUUCACAUCCAGACUUACAAAGGACCUGGUGUUUGGCAAAAAGGCAAAGUCCCAGUGACAAAUCGUUUUAAUUUCUAAUAAUAAAUGUUUUGAAAGAAAGAAAGAAGGUUUAUUGCAUUUCAAUUGAAAUUGAAAAUUAUCAUCAAAGAAAUAAGAAAAUAAAAAUGGAACAAGCUCUGCGCAAUUUUUUUAUAUAAA